AUGCCGCUGGUAGCUGGAACGUCCCCCCGCACUGCUGCUGGAGGCCAGACCUGCUCCUCUUCUCCUGGUGCGUCUCUUCGGAACGCGGCUCCGUGCCUGUCUCCGGCGCACAGGGCGGGUGAUUUAAACUCUGCCCGUGAGAAGGACUUGGUCUGUAGCUGCCAGAGAAACUCAGGAGGUGGACAUUGUCGUGCCGUUUCAGAAACCGGCUGUGCGACUCCAGUCAGGCGCUGUCGCGCCGAGUUAUGGAUGUCUUCCAAGCGACCAGCCUCUCCGUAUGGGGAAGCAGAUGGAGAGGUAGCCAUGGUGACAAGCAGACAGAAAGUGGGAGAAGAGGAGAGUGACGGGCUCCCAGCCUUUCACCUUCCCUUGCAUGUGAGUUUUCCCAACAAGCCUCACUCUGAGGAAUUUCAGCCAGUUUCUCUGCUGACGCAAGAGAACUGUGGCCAUAGGACUCCCACUUCUCAGCACAACACAAUGGAAGUUGAUGGCAAUAAAGUGAUGUCUUCAUUUGCCCCGCACAACUCAUCUACCUCACCCUUGAAGGCAGAAGAAGGUGGGCGUCAGAGUGGAGAAUCAUUGUCCAGCACAGCCCUGGGAACCCCUGAAAGGCGCAAAGGGAGCCUAGCGGAUGUCGUAGACACCCUUAAGCAAAGAAAAAUGGAAGAGCUCAUCAAAAACGAGCCAGAAGGUAUCCAGCGUGCCUAUUUACAGCUAGAUUUCCAGGCGACUAUUUUCCACCUGAACACAUUCUCUGUGUCCCAGUUCUGCGUUUUUAAAGCCUGUUUGAUAAGAGUAACUGCGUACUUCUUCGCAGUGGUGAAAUUUAAUUGCUGCUUGGGAGAUGCAGCCCGACAGCGGUCCUACUUCGAAGCAAGGACUAGAC